AUGUCUGGCUCGUUCCCUUCGCCAUCGACGUCUGGAAUGUCUUUGCUUGACCCAGACCCUAUUGAUAUGCGCACUUUGCCCCCUUUACAUCCCUCCAACCUUUUUGAUGUGGAGGGUCUUGUUGUGGUCAUCACUGGAGGUGGAACAGGUAUUGGGCUCAUGAUGGCCAGAGCUUUGGAGAACAACGGCGCUUCUGUAUAUAUCGUUGGUCGUAGGUUGGAGGUUCUUGAAAGAGCGGCGGCAGAAAACAACAACUUUGAUAAAAUCUUCCCUAUUGAAGGAGAUGUCACGGACCGAGAUAGUUUGUUAAAUGUAGUAGAGGAAGUCCGGUCCCGACACGGUUACAUCGACUUGCUUAUCAACAAUGCCGGGAUUGCCAGAAACUUGUACCCACAUCCCUUACCUUCUCCCUCCGAUGAAGUUAAUGUCGGUUCUCCUCCCUCGCCUCCUGCUUCGCCUGCGCGCAGUCCGAAUGUUCCGUCUAUUAAAGCGUUUCAGAAUGCACUUUGGGAUUGUGGAUCGCCAGAGGACUUUGCAGAAACAUUCCUAACGAAUGCAAUAUUCGACGGCAACGUCUGGCCUUUCCACUUCCAGACCCUACAGCUGGGCUCUCGCGACCGCCUUACCAUACGUCUCAUGUUCUAUCGGUCUCGUCAUCCGGAUCCUUCCGACUAG